AUUCGCCAAAGCCGUCAAGCUCCAAACCUCACAGAGCAGCAGAGUAAAUUAUUUGACUAGUUUGUUUCGCGUUAGCUUAUCUCGAAAUAAAAUACGCGUAUAUCAUUUUUCAGUACCUAUAGUGUUGUGUAAAGUAAAAUACUUGUGUAAAAUUUCUAUUGCUAUCUCGUCUUACCGGAAGCAUAUUGCUUUGUUUGGAGUAAUACGGCAGAAUGAGCAGAGACAAUUGGAAUCGACGGUUUUGUCCGAAUAAUUAUUCAAAUCCAUUAUGUUCCGCCAGUGACAGCGAUAGCGAAAUCGAUCUACCCAUUAAAGCCACUGGGAAGGCGCGUUUUCGCUCAAACCGUGCGGAUUCAAACAUCCUAAAAACAGAGGACGGAAUCGAUGUCAAUACCGUAUAUGCCAGUUUCAAGUUUAAUUUUCAGGAUGAUUGUUUAUACAGGCAAGAAAUGGUAGAGGAAAUGUUUUCUCGAUUCGGAACAGUAAAGUCUGUUAGGCUUCAUGAUAAUUUCCAAAGAAAGCCCGAGCGCAGGAAAAAGUUACCUGGCCGAAGAGGACCAACAACUGAAAGUAGUCCAGAACACACCUAUGGGUUCAUUUCUUUUGAAACAUGUGAAGAAGCCGCUAGGUGCUUGAAAAACAAAAACAAACUGGCAAGUUUAUGCUUUAUAGCAAAGGCUGAUAGUUGGCACCAGGAUGCGUAUCAGAAAAAACUACAGUGUGAUAUGGGCUGCGAUGAAAAAAAACGAACAAAUGACAGUGACAAUGAUAGGAAUGCUUCGAUAAAGGCUGUUUCUUCUACGAGCUCCAAUAUUGCAAGUACCAGCGAAACCCUUGAUUCCAAGAAACCAGCCGAUACAACAAACGAUGAUACCGAGGAAAUCGCCAACGAAGAAGUAGAACCCGAGACGUUCAACAUCCUACAGUUGGAUGAUGAUUGCCUCAUGCUAAUUUUUGACCAACUUGAAAUAAUGGAUUUAAUUUCAUUGGAGAAAACAUGUGAUCGCUUUGGCAGUGUUGUGCAUGACAUUUAUAAGCGGUACAAAGUAUUCGAUUUUGAUCAUGCAUUAACGGACAAAGCUUUUCUCACAAUGUUAGACGCUAAAACAGUGCUUACGGAAGUGGGAGCAUUCAUGCGUUCCUUGUCGAUUUCGCAGAAAAGAUUCUUGCGACCAGGGUUAAGAGUUUUAAAGUUGAUUCCUCGAUGUUGUUCAAAUUUGACGGAGUUGGAAAUACGCGAUUUUACGCUAAAUUCCAUUACACUGAAUAAUCUAGAAGCGGUGUUCAAAAAUUUGGAAGGAUUGAGUUUAAUCAAUUGUGGAAUCAGUGAUAGUAUUGAACCCAAUUUGAGCCGCGCUAAGAACUUGCAGCGUUUGGAUUUAUCGUUAAACAGUGAAAUUACUGGCAAUUGUUUGAAGGGAGUAAAAAAUCUCAAAUACAUCAAUUUAGACAGCUGCCAAAAUAUCCAAGGAAAGCCAUUUUCAGCGUUUGCUGCUAAAAAUAAGACACUGGAAUAUUUAAAUAUCAACUAUUGUAGCCGACUGACAUCAGAAGCCAUUAAAUCGAUUGUAAACAAUAUGACGGAGCUAUCCCAUCUGGUGUGCAACAAUUCUUAUGAUAAUGUAGAACCUGCCAGCAUGGUACUGCUUGCCAGUUUGCCUAAGCUUAAAAAAUUACAGCUCAGAUUCAAUAGAACAAGUCGACCGAUAGAUCGGAUUUUGCAAAACUUGGUUGAGUUUAAUCAAUUAGAACAUUUGGACUUGUCAGACGGCACAUUCACUGUAGUUGACUACGAUCUUCUCUGUGGUCUAACACAGCUGGCUGAGUUGAAGUUAAACUAUAGAUUAGACUUUACAGACCAGCAUCUGGCCAAGCUGGGCGCUAAAUGUAAUUUUGUGGAACUACAUAUUGCCGGCUGCACAGGUGUCAGCGAUAACCAGCUGUUAGAGUUCAUCAAAAUGAAUCCCCGGUUAAAGCUCUUAGACAUUUCCUAUUGCCAGAUUAGCGAGGCGCUCAUAUUUUCAGCUAUUGAUAUACUAAAAGUGCAAGCGGCUCGGUCGGUUGCUGCUUUCAAAAGAGACGGUCGAAGGCUGAAGAUGAUGGUCGGACAAACUUCAAUUUGUCCGGUGAUAAACGAUAACAACCUUAUUCAUAACAAUCGGCACCUAUUAGAAAUAUCGUUCGAUUACACAGACGGAUUUUUCGAUGAGUUGGAUGUUGAUGAUAUGUACGACGAUGUGGACGACGACGACGAAGAUUUCAUGGGCUACGAUAAUGAGGAACAUCUGUGGGGCUUGGAUUAUGAUUCUGAGCUAGAUCUUCUAGAUAUGUACCAGCAAUUCUACGAUGGCGAUGACGAUGAUGAUGAUCUUCUCCCGCAUUACGUGUUUUUUGGAUAGUUGGUGUAAGCGAAAGUUGGCUCCCAUGCUGUGAAUUGGCAGCGACAGUACAUUUGCAAGGGCUGCUUUUUUUCGUACAUAAAUUCCAAUAGUUA